AUGUCAUGUAAAAGAUAUUGUGAGUUAAACGUAGUCAAAGAUAAUUCAUCGGAUAGUUUGCGAAUGUUUUCGGAUUCACUGCGUACUCAUAUAUCGGCACUUGAAGCAUUAAAGCAACGACCAACCGAUUGGGGGCCUCUACUUAUACACAUAAUAUGUUCAAAAUUAGACUCAAACACACUAACUGAAUGGGAGGUGAAAUCGCCAAAAACCGAAAUUCCAAAAAUCGAAAAUUUAAUGAUAUUUUUAGACGACCGUGCACAGAUUUUAGAAGCAGUUGAAUCGUCAAAAAAUCUUAUAAAUAAUAUAAAUACUAUUUCGACAUCGGAAAUUAAAAACAACAUUAAUCGAAAAAAUAAUCACAAUAAAACCCGCACAACUUCUAUAGCAUUCACGACCACUACCGAAGUAAGCUGUUUUAUAUGUAACUUAAAACAUACUAUUUACAAAUGCCCCACGUUUUUGGCACUAUCAAUUAAUGAUCGUAUUAAAAAAGUUAAUGAAAUUGAAUUGUGUAAAUUAUGCUUACGUAAACAUGAUUCCAAAAAAAGAUGUUUAUCCCGAAAUUGUUUCAAAUGCGGAAAAACACAUAAUACAUUACUGCAUAUUGUCCAACAUAAAACCAAUAAUGAUGCGAGAUCGAUAACGGAAGAAAAAUCAAAUCACUCUUCAACUCAAAUUGACGUAAAUUCCUCGAUAAGCGCGCAUUCGCAUGACAAAAACUACGAGCAGGUACUUUUAUCGACAGCGAUCGUACGAGUAUUUGGUGAAAAUAAAAGUUCGUCAUUAUGUCGUGCUUUAUUAGAUUCAGGUUCACAAAGUAAUUUCAUUACUGAAGAAUUGGUGCAAUGUUUAAAAUUAAAAAGGUCAAAAACUAAUCAUCAAAUUAGUGGUAUCGGAACAACAGUACAGCAUGCACAUUCGUAUGUUAUCGCUCAGGUGAAAUCGAAAUUUAACGACUAUAGUUUUACCUUAAAAAUGUUAGUAGUGCCGAAAAUUACGAACGAUAUACCUGCGAAACACAUAUAUAAUACGGGUCACAUACCGCAGAACGUAAGCUUAGCUGACCCACUAUUCUGGUCUCCACAGAAAGUCGAUUUAUUAAUAGGCGCAACACAUUUCUACGAUUUAAUGGAUGAACGUCGAAUUAAACCUGCACCGAACGGUCCAAUAUUCCAAGAGACAAAACUCGGAUGGGUAUUAUCGGGGCCUACGCAAAUUUACGAUCAUAAGGUUAAACCGUUAAAUAACAGUAUAUGCUACACCGCGUCGAUACAUACCAACGUGACAUUAGAAAAUAUGUUACCACGAUUUUGGCGUGUAGAAGAAUUUGAAGGAGAUAACACCUAUACUAUUGAAGAAAAGACAUGCAAAAGUAUUUUUGACAAAACGGUGAUAAGAGAACCAGAUGGUCGAUUCACAGUGCAUUUACCAUUUCGCGAAAAUUCGUUACACUUAGGCGAGUCUUACAAUAUCGCUAAGCGUCGUCUAUUAAACCUAGAAAGUCGUUUUGCAAACAAUACAAGAUUAAAAAAUGAAUAUACACAUUUUAUGAACGAGUAUAUAAGUUUAGGACACAUGGAGCAAGUACAAGACGACCAGAUUAAUGAUAAAGAAGAAGCAUAUUAUUUACCGCAUCAUGCGGUUUUCAAAGAAGCAAGUGGUACUAAUUCUUAUGAAUCAGCUGUUCAAUUACGCGAUGGACUAAUUAAGACAAUGCAAUCCGCCGGCUUAGAAUUGCGAAAAUGGGCUUCGAAUAAUGACAAUUUAAUUAAAGAUGUUAUGUCAAUAAAAGAAGAUAGUAACGACACGGUCCCCAUUAGCGACGACAAUUCGAUAACGAAGGUCAGGGCCGGAUUUAAUGUUGUGGGGGCCCCAGGGCCCAUACAAGAUUGA